CAUUUAAUAAUUCGAAUUUGGCGGAUCAGAACAAAAGGAACUAAAAUUCAGGGCAAUUGUAUUUACAGCGUCAAAACGAACGCGGCCGGUAUAUUUCGUCGGUGUUAUGGCCAACAGUGCUGAGGUUACAUUUGAGGAUUUUCAAACAAGUGAACGUUUCAAGAAACUGCAGCGCUCCUUGAAACUGGCUGUACUGAAAAGGGUGCAUAGCAAGGGUGUACAUAAAAAAGAAAUGUUGCCUGCUGUGACAGCUUGGCCCAGCAUUUCCAGCAUCAGUGUGGAUAGUAUGAAUUCCAGUUGCGUGACUCCAUUGUUGCAUACUUCGGUGGUUAAGAGUGAAGUCUUGGCUUCCAGUAAUAAUCUGAGAAACUUAUCGAUGAAGAGGAAUUGUAAGACCAAUGGAAAAAUAAUGGCCACAUUCAGCGUUAAACAAGAUGAUCACAGUGAUCGACUUGUUAUGCCAUCCCCAAUGAGAAACACAGUUUAUCGCAUUUCCAAAGAAACACAAGACAAAGUUCCUACAUUGCCGAAUUGCAAAACAGUAGUGUCAAAUCCACUUAAUAGAUCUGUUCAGUCUUCCACAGUAAAUACUUUUUCGUUGAGUGCUACUAGUCAUAUAUCUGCUAAUACAAAUACUAGCAAAGAAUACUUGCAUCCUUUUGUUGUACCAACAAUACCUGUCAAUGAUCCUCAGAGGGUUAACAGAAUAUUUUCAAGAUGGAGAGUUAUGCUCAAUGACAAUUAUGAAUUAAUAAUUAAAGGAACAUUAGAAUGUGGAAGAGUUAUAUAUAGCAAACCAGUCAUAAGGAGAUAUACUGCGACAUGUGUUGAAUCGAAAUAUAAACAUAAAUAUAGUCUUCAAGGAAAUAUUGUUGAUGAAAGAAAUGUAUUACCGGAUUAUAUUUGCGGAAAAUUUUAUAACGGUUUUCCUGAUGAUUGGGAAAACGUUUAUCAGAUAUGGAGAACAUAUGUCAGUCAAGGAUGUCCAGUGACAUUUCGUUGGCCUACUCCUAUUACUGAUAGCGAUGAUGAUUUAAAAAGUGAAUUAACAGAAUUAACUUACAUAAGCACAAAUAAAAAGGAUAUUUUUAAGGAACCUUGUAAAUUAUUUGAAUAUACUAAGUUUGAAAAUUCAAGUGACAAAUCUUCAAAAAAGAAAAAAAUAUAUAAUUGUUCCACUCACAGUUUCCAAAGUUAUAAGGAAGCUUCACUUGUAAAACCUCUUAUCUCCAAUUCCAAAAGAGAUAUAAUUCCAAUUGCACAAACAAGGGACAUAAAAUUAGCAUGUGAUGUGGAUAAUGAACAAAAUAUUGAAUUGGAUGUAAAUCCAGUAUAUAGCUCCAGAGGAAUGAAUAAAUUAAAAGAUAUCAUUUACGAGGAUAAAUUAAAAAUAAUAAUUGACAAUUUGGCAGACAGAAAUUGUUCUCCAAAGUAUAUCGACAAAAUUAUUCAGAUGUUUGAUUGCUUGGACUAUACAGUGUCUUAUAGGGCGAAAUCGGAAUGUGAUUAUAACUCGGCGGUUUCUGCAAGUCGUGCAACAUCAUGCAAGCAGGAAACGUUGCAGCCGAGUCUCGCGUGUGAUGACAAUCGUAUAGCUACUAAUAAAUUUGAGAAUGAAAUAAAGGAACAAGGAAAAAAUUGCAUGAACUCCACCAACUUGAGAUAUAGAAGUAUAAACAAUGAUUCUAAUCGUACUCAGUUAUCGAAUCCAAUAAAUGUUAAUCCAAAACACGAUGAUAACAAUGACUCGGAUGAAUCAGAGAGCCGGACUUACGCGGGCGUACCCAAAAUAUCGAUUGAACGAGUUUUACAUGGCAGAGAAGCAUCCAGAAAAACAUACAAGCAUAAAGUAAAGAAGAAAUCGGCAAAUUCACGCAACGUCAAAGGAAUCGGAUAUGAGUUUGAAUCUGCUCCCACGACGAUUCCAACCGCUAAUGAUAAGAAUAGUUUACUUUCUGACGAAUCUUGUAUUAGUAUCACGGAAUAUGAAGUAAAAGAUGAAAUAGAUACGGCAAAAUAUCAUAAAAUAAAAAACAUUGCUCAAAGAUCACAAGAAGACACUUUUUAUAACCAUCUGAUGACACAGAGAAAUAAUUUCGAUGUAUAUGGCGCAAACAAGCCUGCAAUGCAAAAUAAACAAUCGUUCAAUCCUUUUCAGGCACAAAAAGUUAACUUGGAUGUCUCUAUAAAGAAACAGGAAGUUUCGCAUGGAGUUGAAGAAAAUGCACAUUCACAAUUUGUUGCAGAUGUCGAUUACGCUACCAUUUCUGGCGUUGAUGUGACUGUAAGUACAAAUACGCAGAAAACAGACAGAAAUAUGAUAACAUCGCAUUCUAAUCUGGAUCAAGACAUUGUGAUCAGUAGCGAGAGUAAUAAUAAUUUCCCCGAAAAACCUCUUGUCUUUCAACAAUCACAUAGAGAAUAUAUCGAACAAUCAAAAAACGAGAUUGCAAUGAAAAACUCCAAACCUAGCAUAAUCAGUUUGAUGCCGGUAAACCUGAAGUUAAAGAUAAAAGAAGCAGAUUCCAAGUCAGAACAAUUACAAGCUUUGGAUGCGAAUAUUGUAGAAAAUGAAGAGGACAAACAAUACUUCAAUAUUCAGUCAUUGGAAGAGGUUCACAAAAAGAAAUCCAUAUCGAAAGCGUCAAUCGCUAUAACAAAAGCAAUUAUCGCAAAUGAUUCUCAUUCGAAAACGACAUCCGAUAAUAAAAAAAAGAUCUAUCUGACAACAAAUAAGAAAAAUGAAUCGAAUGUAAAUUCCGCUAAUUUGACGAAAUCGACGACGAAUCCAAUAACUGAACAAUCUAAAAGCAAUAAGCUUGAAAUUGAAAAUGAUUCCAAAGUGCUGAGCGCAUGGAUGCCGAAAGUAAUAUAUUAUGCGAAAUCGAAAUCUGAAUUAGGCUUGAUAUUUGAAGGAAAAUUGCUCAACGAACUUGGUCAUGUCGUGCAGAGAAAAUUUACGACGGAUAUUGUACUGAAGCGAUUAUCAGCUACAUCGAUCGAAACAGUGAAUCAUGAAUUCUACAAGCUUGUCGGAUACUUGAACGACUAUAAGCAUGUUAUUCCUAAGGAACUUGCAAAACAAUGUCGUAACGGAUGUCCUACGAAUAUCGAACAAUUUUGUCUGACUUGGAAAAUGUUGCAAAACUGUAAAAUACAAAAAAUGAGUGAGAAACUUAAUGAUACGUCCAUGGACUCGCUGAAUACAUCUGUUAGUUCGAGAGGUCGUAGAAUUGUACCUCCUUUAUCUUAUUGGACAGGUGAACGUAUAACUUUGAAAGAUAACAAUCUAGUUUAUAAUCCAGGCAGUUCACAGAAAUCAUCAUUAAUUUCGAGAAUUGAAAUUUCAAAAGAAUUGAGUACUGAAAAAACAAAGAAACAGAAAGCAAACUCCAAGAAUAUAUCGAAGGAGCAAAAAUUGUUCAAAUCGAAUAAAAUUCCUAGUACAAAUAAAAAUAAAAUGCUCGUUAUUGAGAAAACUCAAUCUUCUAACAAGUCAUAUAAGACUAAAGCUGCAAAUAGCACAAAGAAAUCAUACAGAUCGAAUAAAUCUCGAAAAUCCUGGAUUAAUGGCAAAAGAUAUAUAAAACAAAAUUUGACAUUCUCAUCGACCGAUUCUAGCGACAAGGAGCAAAACGUAUCUCCACCAAAGCGUAUGCGCACCCAGCUAAAUACGAAAACAGGAGCGACGUCGCAAUAUACAAUGACAUUGAGGAAACGACAUAAAACAGAGGCAUUCUCGAAUAGAAAUACGACUAAACUCCAAUAGUUUUCAUAUCUUUAUUUAAUGCGGUUUUUAUUUAGACGAUGCAAUGUUGCAUUGCUCGAUUCAUAUUAUGAUGUAUGUUACUGUAGACACUCACCAACAAAAAAAAACAAGACGCAACAUGAUAUAUACUUAUUAUAAAGAUAUUUCAUCGACAAAAGACUCUAUCAGAAGCAACAUCUAUAUAAUCUUAAUAAUUUUUUUGUGUUACAAAAUUAUGUGUGUAAUAUUAAAUGCACAAAAAUACGCGCGAAAA